AUGGCGGAGUGGGGAGAGCGGUUCUCGGGUACUGAGGCCUGGCCCUGCGACUCUGCCUAUGCGACCCUCGCCGGACAUAGUAAAGAGACCUCUGAGACCUGGUCCAUGCUCCCUCAGCUGAGUCCAGAGGCUGUGGCCAAGCACAGGAACCAAGCACAGAUUCCCUUGACUUCAGAACCAUUGAUGGGGCCUGACCCGGAUGUGACCUUUGAGGAUGUGGCCAUUUGCUUCUCCCAGGAAGAGUGGGUGCUCCUUGAUAAGGCCCAGAGGCUCCUGUACUGCAGUGUGAUGCUGGAGAAUUUUGCACUCUUGGCAUCUUUGGGUUCCCGUCCAAGAGUGGGGGGUGAAGAGGUAACCUCUGAGCGUGAUGUGCCUGCAGAAGGCGUAAUGUAUAAGACAAGUCCACCUACCCAGGAGACUCAUCUCUUUGAGAUACCUGUCCCAACUUUGAAAGAUGCGUCGCAUCAGGCUGAGUUCCUGAACACACACCCCGUGCGGACAUUGGGCAGAAGAGGUGUGAAAAGCUCCGGUUUGAGUGUAGACGUUCCCCAGCGCCACAGGAGUGACAGCGGAGAAAGGGCCAGCGAAGGCGAUACUGACAGGGAUUCAUUCCUGUCAGGCUGCGGGGCUCAUGCGUUGACAAAGCCAUCCCUCUGUGGGAAGGAUGGGCAGAACGCCCUCGCCUCCACGGGCUGUCUUCUUCAGCAACAGGCCACGUGUAGUAGCGAACAGCCUCACGGUAGCGGCGGGUGCGGGGAAGCACUUUGGAGUGGAGAAAAACAUAAGUACGGUGAAUGCCAAAAGGGUUCAAGCCGCAAAGACACCCUUGCUCAGUGUCAGAAUGCCUCCCCUGAACAAAGGCCUUAUGAGUGUGGCAAGUACGAGAAAGCCUUUUCAUGCAAGGACAAACUUACUCAGCACCAGGACAGUCACAUGGGACAAAGGACAUAUGAGCAUAGUGAGCAUGAAAAAGCCUUUAGCAAAAAAUGCCACUUUACUGCACACAAUAGAAUCCAUCCUCAAGAAAAGCCCUAUCAAUGUACUGAGUGUGGAAAAGCCUUUAUCUAUAAAUCUGAGCUAGUUUACCAUCAGAGGCAGCACACUGGUAGAGUCCAUUAUGAGUGUAAGGAAUGCAGAAAAUCCUUCUCCUACAAAUCCAACCUCACUGAACACCAGAGAAUCCACACUGGGGAAAGGCCUUAUCAGUGCGAUCAGUGUGGAAAAUCCUUCAGACAAAACUCCAGCCUCUUUAGACACCACAGAAUUCAUACCGGGGAAAGGCCUUACGCGUGCUGUGAGUGCGGGAAAUCCUUUCGACAAAUCUUCAAUCUCCUAAGACACAGAAGAGUCCACACUGGAGAAAUGCCUCACCAGUGCAGGGAUUGUGGGAAAGCCUUUAGCUGCAAAGCCGAGCUCCUUCAACACGAGCGAAUUCACAGCGGGGAAAGGCCUUAUGCGUGUAGCGACUGCGGCAAACUCUUUAGGCAGUUCUCCAACCUCGUUCGACACAGGCGAGUCCAUACUGGCGACAGGCCUUAUAAAUGCAGUGACUGUGAGAAAUCCUUUAGUCGCAAAUUUAUCCUCCUCCAACACCAAAGAGUCCACUCUGGGGAAAGGCCUUAUCAAUGUGGGGAAUGCGGCACAUCCUUCACCCGGAAAUCUGACCUCAUCCAACACCAGAGAAUUCAUACUGGCACAAGACCUUAUGAGUGUGAGGAAUGCGGGAAAUCGUUUAGGCAAUGCUCGAGCCUCAUUCAGCACCGCAGAGUUCAUACUGGAGAGAAGCCUUAUGAGUGUGUCGAGUGUGGCAAAGCCUUUAGCCAGAGUGCCAGCCUGAUUCAACAUCAGCGCCUGCACACUGGGGAAAGGCCUUAUGAAUGUAGCGAGUGCGGGAAGUCCUUUAGCCAAAGUUCCAGCCUCAGUCAACACCAGAGAAGCCACAGUGGAGAAAAGCCUUACGAAUGCACUGACUGUGGCAAGCCCUUCACCCACAAAUCUGACCUGAUUCAGCACCGAAGGGUUCACACCGGAGAGAGGCCUUACGGGUGCAGGGACUGUGAGAAAUCCUUCCGCCGUAGAGCCAAUCUCGUUCGCCACCAGAGAGUUCACACCUAAGAAGUUUUUUU